GGUCCCAGCAUAGCAGAUGCAGAGAGAGUGCAAAGAGACUAGACAGCUACGUACGUAUACAGUGGCCAAGACUGUGUGUGUGACUGAGUCUGACUGAAUCUGGGGACGAAUGAACAACCGUUUUAAUGAUGGGUCAUUCAAAAGUGAAGGGGUUUUUGUCGCUAUUUUUGGCAUUCUACUCUGCCUUUGUGGUCUCGGUCUUCAUGAUGGGUCCAUUUUUGCCGUUGAUGAUUCUUGCUCCGCAGAUCUACCGCCGAAUCACAGAUCGCUUCAUCGGGUUCUGGAUGAUGCUACCGGUGUCAUUACUGGAGACUUUCUAUGGCUGUCGGUUCAAGAGCAUUGGUGACAAAAUGGUGCCGAACGAACGUAGCCUCCUCAUCUUGAAUCACCGCACCCGGAUAGAUUGGCUUUUCUUUAUCGCCUGCAUGAUGAGACAAACCAACUCUUCAGACCUCAAGAUUAUCUUGAAGUCCCAGCUCAAGAAUGCACCAUGUCUUGGUUGGUCCAUGCAGGUUGCCUGCUUCAUCUUCCUAUCCCGCCAAUGGGUCAAAGACCGUGUCUGGAUGACUACCGUCCUCAAGUACUUUGCGGAGCUGCGGUACAACUUCCAGCUCCUCCUUUUCCCUGAAGGCAUCAACUUUUGUCGGACAGGUCAAGAGAUCAGUAAUGCCUAUGCCCAGAAGAACAACCUACCCAUGUAUAAGUAUGUUCUUCAUCCCCACACUACAGGUUUUUCCUUCACUUUGGACUACCUGAAACAGAUAAAGAAGGUUGAUACUGUCUAUGACGUGACGGUGGCAUACUGUGACGUUAUCCCGGAGAAGGGUGAGAUUGACUUUUUCAGAGGCAACGUUCCCAAGGAGAUGCAGUUCCUGAUCCACAAGUAUCCUGUCAGUGAGCUUCCCAACAACAAGGAAGACCUGGACAACUGGUGCGUGGAGAAGUGGAAGGAGAAGGAGAACCGUCUUGAGAAGUUCUACACUGGAUCCAAGACGUUUGAGGGCCAGGAAGGUGGUGAACUGCUGGACCUCUCUGCCAUGUGUCUCCCGAAGGUCUACUUCGUCAUCACUGUCUGGGUGACUGCAUUCUUUGGUACCCUCUAUGCCAUGAUCUUCUCCUCCUUUGUUUUUUGGAGUGUCAUAGUCCUUAUGGCAACCUAUGUAAUAAUGGGUAAGUACUUUGGUGGUGCUGAUAAUCUUGCAAUAGCUAGCUUUAACUUCACUCAGGAUAUCACUCAUAAGGCCAGGACCACUUAGUUCUUUAUAAAGCUCUAAUUGCCAAAUGACCAAGCACAUUCUUGUGCAAAUCUUCAAUUGCCUAUAAAGUCAGGUCCAAUUUUAUGUAUUGAAUCUUCUGUCAGAUUGUUCUUUUGAAUUAUGUCAAAUUACUUUGAAUUGAUAUGUGUGUAUAAUUAAGAAAUAAAUGAUAAUUUUCAUGAUAAACUAGAGAUAUAAAUAUUGAUUUCCAUCCCUUGUUGUAAACAAUGGCUGUACUGCACACAUGUAGUGCUACAUGUACAUGCAUGCAAAUCCUGUGAGGAUGUGACACCGUGCUCAAUCAAAGGGUUCUGAUUAUCUGGGGCCGUCUGACAAAAAGUUGCGAUUGGUUCAAUCAGUCACAACUAUGGAAAGCCACCAAACUCGACAUAUAUCAUGCAAAUGCAUGUUUGUUCCAAAAAAAUUCUAGAUAUGAUAUAUAUUCAUAAAACAUAGAUUUCCUGACAAUCUGGUGUGUUUUUCUUUGUUUACAAAGGACAUUUUGCAAAUUUCAUGUAGAAAAAUUAUGACACUGAUGGAUUUUCAUAGAGAUACGGUUGAUUGGAUCAGUCAACUCUUUGUAAGACGGGUCACUGAUCUGGAUGACCCGCUGCCUCCUGGAACGGGUUGCUCUCUGUUUAUCAAAGCUUUAUGAGAAUUGAAAGAAUUCAGUAGACACCAAGUCAACAAUGUAUGAUCUACUUGUAGAUGGGAUUGAUAAUGAAUGGGAAGUGAGAAAAAAGGAUGCAGUAUCAGCACAUUUUUUUAUGAAUUCACAGGAAAGAAUUUGGGAUAUCGAACGGUCUUAGGUCUUUAAAUCAUGUUUUCAACUACAAGGAAAUUAACACUUGUUGGCUAGAUAUGUCAAGGUAUUUUCUUUUCUCUCUCUCUCUUUUCAAUUUCCUUGAUAUUACCAAAGCUUUGUAUUGGCUAAUGUCAACAUUGACUACUCUGUCAAACUUUCAUGAUACACUGAAAGGGUGUUGUUUACUGAUGAAUUGUGAUCUAGCAAAGAAUCUUGCAACUCAAGGAAAUCAACACAAGGCCUUGUCUUUGAAACCCUUUUUCAAUUUCCUUGUAUACCAAAACUGGUUAUGUAUGAUCUAGGCCCCACAAGUCACAAAACUUAGCAAUCAAUUGAACAAGACCCCACACUAACUUUUUUACUUGGUGGCCCGAUCGGUCCACCAAAAUCAUCAAUUUCGUAAUUUUGGUGGCCCGCAUUGCAAAUUUGGUGGCCUUAAAACAGUAGAAAACAUUACAAUUUAUAAAAAAUUUUGGAAGUAUGACCAGAGCUCCGUAACACAAAGAUUAGCGAUCAAUCGCUAAAUGAACUGACCAAUCAAGAUCAAGUUUACAAGCAAAUUUGGCGCAAAAUACUGACCAGGAACCAAUCAAAAGUGUUCUUUCAUAUUUACAAUUCAUCGCAAACCUUUGUGUUACGGAGCCCAGGCCACCAAGUGUGGGUUUUCAAAAAAAUUUGGUUGCCCGACCCACAAUUUAGGUUGCCUUGGGCCACUGCUAAUGUCGAGCCCUGAAUUGAGGGUUGAGUUCUGCUUUUGAUUACAUUGAUCACUGUUUGCGAUCACCACAAUCAAUUGGGAAGCCUUGUGUGAAUAGGGCUCCUAGUGUCAACAAUCAUCCUACAUGUAGAUCAUUCCUACAACAUGCAUGCUCUUUCAUUUUACCAUUCCAAUGCAUGCAUGUACAUGUAGUGAUUUUAUAGAAUUAAAAAUGCAGUGUUGUGCAAAAUUAGGUAAUUCAUGGAAGUGGAUUUUUUUAUGUUUUCAUUUUGUUUUUGAAGGGGGGGGGGUACAUGUAGUUAUCUACAUGUAUGUAUUUUAAUGAAUAUGUACAUGUAUGCACUAAUCUCAACUUCUUUUCAAAGAUAAACGUAUAAAGGAUAUGACUGUAUUUCCUGUAAAACAUUUCUAAAACAACCCAAUAUUUUAUAGAGUAGGCCUAAACACAUAUCAUUUUUACACCAGAGACAUCUACAUUAUAUUCCAUGAAUACUUCUCAUCUUAUUGCACACUAUUUUCCAACUUGGUUGCUCAUUCGUCCUGCAUUCAUGUGUGUCACUUUAUAAACAGGGUAUUAAACCUAAUACAU